AUGUUAUUGCUUAUCUUGAUAAUUAUAACUCAAAUUGUGUCCACCGAUGCUUUGGAAACGACAUCGGCCGUAUCAAUCGUAUUCGAUGGGUUGACUUUAGAGACCUGGAACGAUGAUUCUUUAUGGAAUAAAACUCGAUCAUCCAUAGUUCAGCAUUUGAAUAAAUUUUGUAAACAUGAUACUCAUUGUGAUGCCGAAUAUGGAAUUGAUAAUAUUCAUUUACUCGAUGCCAAUCAACAUCAGCUGUCUUCAAUUCGUUUGCUAAUCACCGUAGAUAAGCCUGUAUUGAACCAAACAAAUGAAAAUUCCAGCUAUAAUUAUACAGAACUUCUAACAGACUUUCCAGGCGCACUCUAUCAAGCCAAAAUCGAUAUUGAACGUUUGCAUGAUAAUCAAUUAUUAAAGAGAAUAAUUUAUUCAACGACUCGUUCUCAUCAAAAUUCAAUUCUUAAUCGAACUAGUCGACUUUUCUCUGUUCUGUUGGGAAUUAUCAUCGUUGCUAUUGUAUUUACUUUAACAAUCUUUUUUUUCCAAAAAAUUCGUCAACAUCACUAUUCAAAAAUAUUUCAAGGUACACAUACACGUCAACAAGCACAAGAUGACGAUUGUCAGUCGACGUCCGUUUUGCAUUCCUGA